AAUAGAAAUUGGAUUAGUACUUACGUCUAAUUAGGCAAUUUUGUUUAAAAAGGAACAUUAAACUUGUCGAUCUAUGGUAUUUCCAAAUCCUUGUCAGUCUAAGAAUAUGUUACUCAUUAUACUGCCUCUUGUUAUCACGUCUGCCUAUAUAAAUCCUCUCCAAACCCUUGCCAAUUACCAUUCUCCUCUGGUUAUUCUUGCCGUAGAAGCCCCUUUGUAGCCUCUUCUUUAACUAUAUUUAUAUGGCGAACUUGUCAGAAUUGCCAUCCGACCUCAUUAGUACAGUUGCCGAGCGUGUCAAAGUGAUUGAAGAUUUUAUUGCUUUUGGUGCUGUUUGUAUCUCAUGGCGAACUGCUGCCACAAGAGAUAAUUUUGAUGUAUCCUCCCAACAAAUUCCAUUGCUUAUGCUAGCAGAUAAAGAUGAUGAUUAUCGAGAAUUUUACUCUCUUUCAAAACACAAAGUUUCACGCAUAUUUCUCCCAGAAAUUAGAGGGCGAAGAUGUUUUCCAUCAGAGGGAGGUUGGAUGUUCACAGACUCAUGUACAGGAGAAUUUAACUUGUUUCAUCCUUUCUCCCGUACCCAAAUUCAACUUCCUCCACAAAAUGCCCUAAAGGAGGCUUUACAGAAAGACGCAGAAAUAACUCAUUACACUAUUGACAAAGCUGUCUUAUCUGCCAAUCCUUCUCUUACAUCAGAUUAUGUUUUGGUGAUUUCCGAUCUUACAUAUGGUAGAGGUGAUCUCGCCUUUUGGCGACCGGGAGACGUCAACUGGACUAAAAUUGUCAUGAGAAGAAAGGCUAGAUUCAACAGUCUCUUUCACCAUAAGGGGAAAUUUUAUGCUUUUAAUUAUCAUGGCGAGUUAUGGGUUUUUGAUGUUCCCGGCUGUAGCAUUCCUGAACCAAUUGUAGAGCCGCGCCGGCUUACUCGUCUGAUAGAUCCUAUAUUACAUCAACCAGAUACUCAAUACUACUUUGUUGAGAUAUCGGGUGCACUGUUAUUUCUUAUUCGAUUUUUGAAUAACACAUAUACUAGUGAUUAUGAAACCAUUAAGUUUAAGGUAUUUGAAAUAGAUGUAAUCAAAGAUCAAUUGAAUGAGAUUAAUACUUUGGGAGAUUCAACAAUUUUUUUGGGACGUAAUGGAGCAACUGCUAUGGUUACAGGGCUGAAACCUAAUCACAUUUACUUUACAGAUGAUGUGUUUGAGAGCUAUUUCGCCUUAGAAGCAGGUGGUGGAAAAGAUAUGGGGGUUUACAAUUUUGAAAAUGGAAAGGUUGAAUCUUUUUAUUCUGGGGUGUCACUAAGUCCUGUUUGCCCGCCAACAUGGGUUAACCCAUCAUUCGGAUCAUAAUGCGGUUUUACUUCCGCACCAUCAUAUGGCAGCUCAUGAGAUCUCUUUGUUUUGAUUUUUUAGCUAGUUAUUUAUCAUUGUUUUUAACAAAUUAUCAUUAUAAAGUUAAAUUAAUCUAUUUAUUUUCCUUCAUUUUAGUAUGUUGUAUGAAUGUUAUCAUGUUUAAGCAAUUCUAGUUGUGAUUUCUCAAAAUGGUUGAGGCUUAUGAGAUUCAGUUUGCAAAUAUUAACUCUACAUUUGAUUCUUGCAUCCCAUUUUGCUAGUUACAAAGUUUAGUAACUUUAAUGAAUUUGCUUUGAUCCAUGCUUCAAUUGUUAACUGCAGUAGUUGGUAAGUAUCUUAUUAGCAACUGAAACUUUUUUAAUAAUUGAUCUUACUAACAACACCCUAAGAUUAUAAUCUUGUAGACAUCUAUAGUUUACAAAGAUAUGUCUUUUGCUUUCCUUUUAAGCAUCUAUGAGUUCUCCUGAUUGUUCUCUGUUCCUUCCUCAUUCUUGCUGGCUGUCUAAUGCAUCCAUAGACCCUGCCAUAUGUAUCUAACUUCUUUUUUGCAAAUUAUCCUGAGUUUAAGCAUGCAAUAUGUACUGCAGUCCAUCCACAGCCAAGCCACUUUUGAUGGUGCUUUUGUUUUCCAAAUCGGUUACCACUUUGAUUAACAUGCUUGAGGAGUUCUAUCAGUUGAUUCACUCUACUAAUCUCUCCGUCAUUGCUUCUUCUUUAUACAGGAAUUUCCAGUUCCCUCCACAUAGGUUCUCUGCUCUAGUGCUUUCAUUGUAAUCUCCUGCCCUUAUACGUUAGAGAAUGUACUUUCCAUCAUUCCAUGUAAUGAUCAUAUUUUAUUAUUACCAGAUAUUUGCUCUUUUUCCAUUGCCUGUUUUUUUUUAAAUUUUGUCCAAGGAUUCCUCCCAUGGGCUUCCGAUAUUAUGUUUCUAUAAGCUGUGAAUCCAUAAGUUGGACUAACUGGUAAGUGCACCAGUCAUUUCCUUUACCAUAUUUACUUGUGAUCACUCUUUCCAAUAUGCUUCUUCUUACAAGGCACUAAUUUUCUUUUCAGAUUUCUGUAUGACAUUUUUGCACAUUCUUUUAUCCGUAGACUUUGCACCUAAAGGAAAGCCCAAAUACACGGUAGGAAGCUUUUCCACCUUACAAUGUAGGCUGUCUGCCAGUUUACAGAAUUUCUGGCCAAUAGUAAGCAAAAAGAACAUGAGGCCUGGGCAACGAGCUGAGAUGGCUCGACUCUUAGCUCUACUUAGGGGUGAACAGAACCAAAACACAAACCGCACCAAACCGACAUAUCGAGUUAGGGGUGAAGCCUUGUCUCGAGCCUCUUUAUGGGGGAGAGAAGCCUUCUGGAGCUGCAUUAGUGAUCACAUAAAAUUUCUUUUUGAUAACUAAUUGUCACAGCGAUAUUCAAAACCUCAUCUUAUCCGGCAUACUUAAAAAGGAAAGCCCAAUUCAUGUGUUCAUACACUUUUAUAAAAUGUAAUAUGCAAAGCACUGUUGAUCUUUCUGUCUCAGUCUUAAAUGAACAUAUUUGUUAACCACCAUGACAGAUUUGUCUUCUUCUAAUGAAUGCAUUUUGAUUUCCUGCAACUAGUUUACCCAUAACUUUCUUUAGUCUUUCUGUGUGAACCUCUAACCGAAUUUCGUACAUACCGCCGGGAGGAUAAUAGGUCUAAUAUCUUUAAUGGCCCCAACUUCUUUCUCAUUAGGAAUGAGGCCUAUAAGGUGGCACUGAAGCUCUGCACAAAUUGAAAUUACAAUGGAUUUUUUCUUUGCAAGGUUUUUCAGAUGAAUGAAGGCCUAUACGUGGUGUCAUGAUUGCUACUGUUGAAUUAAUUUCCCAUUCAACCCUUUCUUUUGUUGUCCUUUGAGUGUUAAAUAUUUAGAUAUAUCUGUAGCUUUACUUUUCUGCGUCAAGUCUUGCUUCAAGAAGGUUAUUUGACUAUUGCAGUUUCUUUAACUUUAUGUAACUGGGUUAUUCCUUCUCUGCGAAAUGCUCUAAAAGACUUUUGUUUCUUUCAUGGAUGUGAACAUGCUAAUUUCAGUAUACUGCACUUCAAAAGCUCAAUUUGUACAACUCUUGCGCUGUGGGUGACAAAGGUUUAUUAAACAUUUGAAAGUAUGCUACAAGUGGAAUUUGUCCUGACACUGGAUUAAGCUUCUUAAGUCUGGGUAAAGCAUUUUUGGUUCUCACUCUCCUAAUGUUCUAGUAAAUGACACUAAACAUAAAGGUUAUUGAGACUGAUUUUUGUAUCCCUAUCCUUGGCAGGGUUGUUACCAUUUUCCUUGCUCUUCUUUUCAUACUUCUUGUUUUUGAUUUUUUCCUUUGAUAACUGGAGAAAAGCCUUGAUCGUCAACGUCCUCCUUGUAAUGCAUUUCUGUUUGUAUCUGUUCAUCAGGAACUAUAACAGUGACUCUAUUAGGAGAUGUGACCUCUAGUUGAAUUUCAGCAUGUUCUGUUCCUCCCUCUCUUUUCUUGAAUUUUUAUCUGCUCAUUGCUUGAUCCCGCUUCAAUUUGUGGUGUUGUUUCUUUUAUGAUCUUGCCAACUUUGUCAUGGUUUGAAACUUGUUCAGCAUUUAGGGCAGUCACUAAUUUGUUGUUGGAUUUGUCCCGGUGUGAAACCUUUCCAGUGUUGAAGUCAGCUGCCAAGUUAUUGUUGAAUUUGUCUUGGUUUAAAACAAAUUUGGAGUUAAGGUCAACCACCAAAUUCAAUCCCGGCAUGGAUUUGAUAAUAGAAGUUAAGCUCUCAGAACUUUGAAUCUUGUUAGUGUUAUCAACAAAUGUAUCAGUACCAUUAAUAUCAUCAGUUUUGUUUUCUUGUUCCUUGGCGGAUUCUUGAAGACUGUUAGCACGGGUGCUAGCUUCGGCUUCAUUGAUCUCACCAUUGUCAUCCUUUUGAACCAUCUCCUGAUUAUUCUCAUUCUGCUCCACAACUUAUACGUCUCAUUUCUUUUGCUCAACUUGCUCUUCGUCGUUGUUAUUUUCUUUAGGAGUAUUCCCAUCGUCCUGAGUACCAUCAUUAUUUUCAGAAAGGAUAGUUCUUUUCUUGCUCUUAACAGUGUUUUGUACUGAACGUGGUUUGACAAUGACUUUGGAUUUUUUCUUAGGCAUUUUCUGUUUUGGUUCUAUCUCUGAUGGAGGGAUUUUCUGUGGCAGAGAUCAUCUGGUUAUUAACCUCAUUGAUAGUACUACCUACUUCUUGUGCCUUGGUUGACUGUUUCAUUUUCCUCAUUAUCUUUGUAGUCAUCUAUACCAGCUUCAUGAAUGUCCUCAUGGUCCUGCUUUGUAGUAUUAUCAGUAGCCAUUUGCUCCUUAUUAUUCUUAAACUCUUCCUCUUUUUCUUCAGCUUGCUUCUUCCUUUCCAUCACUCUACAAUUGAUCAUCAAGUGGCCAAGUUUUUUACGGUACUUGCAAUACUUUGGAAUGCCCUCGUAUUCUAAUUUAAUUUGAGGAGAGUUUUCGUGAGUCAAACCAACAUAGACAAAUUCUAAUUGUGGCUUUAACAAAUCAAUUGCAACACGCACUUUGGCCAUGCUCGGCCUUGUUCUUCCUCUAGUGGCCGUAUCCAUUUCCAGGGGAGUUCCAACCGCACUAACAAUUUGUUUAACAAAAUGCCAUGUGUGUAGAUGGAAUGGAAAUUUAGGGAGGAGUACCCAUACGGAGUAAUAGAAAGGUCCUCCUCCGGUCUCCUUUGUUGCUUGUUUAGGUACUAGUUUUCUUUCAAAUUUGCUGGCACUUUGUGAAUCUUGUGCACCUUUAAGUCCCUUGGUAGUUGGUACAAAGUACAUACUUGCUUAAGUGGUUUCCUUGGAUAUUAAUUUGGUAUAUGAUGCUCUUUAUUUUUCAACUCUGGCGUCUGCUGCAACAAUUUUCGAACUUGCAGUAAGUUAGAGUUCUUUCAUUGUUUCCUGAAUCUUCUGAAAACCCAAGUAAGGGCACACUAUUUUUGAGAAAAUUUAAAUUGAAUCACCUUGAUCAUUUCUGCAUGACAUUAACAUGCCUAAUUUUUUUGGGGAACCUUUGUGUUUUGGAAAUAUUCUUGCUCUCUAGUCUUAAGGGAAAAAGUUAUCUAAUGGAGUAGUAUUUUUUUUUAUAACAGUGGUGUUGGGCCAGUUUGCGCGCACCUCGACUAAUUCCACGGGAUACAUGUCACCUCCCACUAGCAACAUAUAUCAGGCAUCAGGUGAAUGAGAUGACAAUGGUGCAACUGUAAAAGUCAGGCUUGGAGCUUUCUGAUGAUUAGGAGAAGUCGAUCCGUUCCAAAUGUUCCAGAUAAGACAUUGGCGAGUUUGUUCGUGCAUUAAGUAUCUUUCCUUUGCAGCUCAGUUAUUCAAUGCAUUUAUGACUUCUGAAAUCCACUUGCAAACAGGUGACAAUGUGUCUCUUAUGACAUGAUCAUCACAUAAACAGAAACAAUCAUCAUCAACUGGAACGUGUAGCCUUUGGAAUCUUUCCUUAAUCCUUAGUGAGUAGCUUGUUUUGAUAGGCAAGCCAAACUAUCACCCUUUGCCUUGGCAGCAUCAUUGAACUUCACAUCAGAUCAGCCUCCUUCAUUUUAGUCAUAGUUCCCAGCAUAGCUAAGAAACUACAGUUCACUGAGUAGGUCCCCUUAGGAGUCGGUUUAUAAUUCCCCCUGUGGUACCAGUUGAGCAUCAUCUAUGACAAUAACAACAACAUACCCAGUGUGUGCAGAUCUUAUCCCUAACUCGGGGAGUUAAAGAGUUGGUUUCCCAAAGACCCUCGACUAGUUGAGAAUUCUUUAAGAGAAUUCAAUUUCUUCCAAUACCAACUACAAUCCUGUGGUGGUGUGUGAUUCCAAAUGUCUCCAGAAGCUUUGAUAUACACUGUAUUCAUCCAUUUAACCCACAACAUAUCCUUUUUGGUUGUCAGUUACCACAACAACAUACCCAACUUACCCACUGAAGCAAUGUUUUAUGCCCUGCAACUCUUGAUAUUAAGUCCUCCAUACAUUUUGGGUACACAGAUCUUAUCCCGGGAUACUAGUGCCAUAUUCCUUAUAUUCUCAGUACUUCCCCAUACGUAAGUCUCUACAUUUCCUGCCCACCUUUCAGCACACUUUUUGGGGCAGAAUAAACACAACACCCCAAAAGUUGUAGGUAGAAAGUAACACUGCAUUUAGUUUUUGCAGCCUGCCAGCAUAUGAUAAAUUCUUGGAUCAAGUAUGAUUUGUUCUGAGUAUCUUAUAGGAAGUGCGCCCUCAGAGAAUCCUGUGCAUGCUAAUAUUCUGUCCUGAUCCUCAGCCUGCUGAGAAUAUGUUGGACUUGUUAAGAUUGGCAACCAGCUCUAUCACAGCACUAUCUAGGUUAUGUCUUCCUGUUGUAGUGCUUCAAAAGGUCAUGAAAAAUAAGAACAUUUUGAAUUAAGGAUCUCCACUGGCAGCCAGCAAGAGCUGUAUUACUUUCA